AUGAGCUGGACGGGAUUUCUGGUUGCCUAUUUCCUGGGCGGCAUCACAUUCAUUCCUCUUGUCGUCAUCGCCGUCCUCUUCCACGCCCACCAGACCUUUCCUUACCGCCACGAUGUCCAAGUCACCGACUCGGAAGACGGCACCAUCGUCCAGCCGGGCGACGACACCAGUCUCCUCCAUGCCGCGAAACGAGAGAAGUCGAUGCUGCGCGUGAACCCCCAGUUCGAUGCCGCCUGCGGGUACUUCGCAGUAUGUCGAGAAUACACGCCCAUGGGGAUAAAUGCGAAGCCCAUCGAACGCUCCACGCCAGUUGGCUCUACCACCGUUGCAGCCCCCAGCCAGAGCGUCUACCAGGCCAUGUACAAGAGCCUCUUCGAGCGCAAGGGCGCCAACUCGUCCCAGUCAGAAAACACGAGCGCGAGCCAGCGGCCAAAGAAUGCGGGCAAUGUGUUCUUCGUCAUCCUCAGGCACGGUCAUUUGAUGCUCUUCGACGAUGAGCAGCAAAUCGAAGUUCGACAUGUGAUUUCACUCGCACACCACGAUGUUACAAUCUAUUCAGGCGGAGGCGUUACCCCCGAAGGCGAACUCUUCAUCAAACGCAAUGCCCUCUGCCUUACAAGGAAAACAUCUGGUCUCGAAUCCGCGCCCGAUUCACAGCCGACCAAACCCUUCUUCCUCUUCUCCGAGAAUUGUUCCGCCAAGGAAGACUUUUACUUUGCCCUCCUUCGAGACCAAGAGCAAACCGCCGCGAUCCCGGCCGAUGCGCCUCCCGAUCCAAAACAGUUCAACGUCAAGCAUGUCAUUUCCCUCAUCGAGAAAUUGCACUCCUCUGACGACAAUGUUCACUCGCGGUGGAUCAACGCUCUCAUUGGGCGCAUCUUCCUGGGUGUCUACAAAACGGCCGAUCUAGAGCAGUAUAUCCGAGACAAGCUGAAUAUCAAGAUCUCCCGAGUGAAGCGACCAUCGUUCUUGUCUAAUAUCAAGAUCAAUGCCAUCGACACUGGCGACGCGGCCCCCUUCUUCACGAAUCUAAGGCUCAAGGACCUGAAUGUGGAUGGCGAGUGUCUGGUUGAUGCUGACGUUCGAUACAAUGGUAAUUUCCGAAUUGAGGUUGCUACGACCGUUAAGAUCGAUCUGGGCCCCCGGUUCAAGAAGAGACAGGUCAACAUUGUCCUCGCAGUGGUAGUCAAGAAGCUUGAGGGUCACAUGCUUUUCAAGAUCAAGGCGCCUCCCAGCAACCGUUUGUGGCUCUCCUUCCAGACCAUGCCCAAGAUGGAGCUGGCCAUAGAGCCCAUUGUCAGUUCUCGGCAGAUCACCUACACCGUUAUUCUCCGACAGAUUGAGAACCGCAUCAAGGAAAUUGUUGCCGAGACCCUGGUCCAGCCUUUCUGGGAUGACGUGCCCUUCUUCAAGACGGAGCACAAGAGCUGGCGAGGUGGCAUCUUCGAGGGAGAUGACGCAGUUGAUAGAUCGGCAGUGGGUGUUGCCGAUGGGGUCCGUACUGACAACCCCGAAGUUGUCCAACGGGGCAGGGAAAAGGGAGAGAAGCUACAAGAUCAUCCUCCCCUCGAGAAGAGCCACAGCUUCCCCGUCAUUGACACGCAAUCUGGUACUUCUUCUGGUCUCGGAUCGAAGAAGGAAGAUGCGAAGACUAUCCACAAUGUGCCCGCUUCCAGGUCCAGAGAGGAGCUUGUGGAAAAUGAUUCGGCUAGUAGGCAUAGUAAGCUUGAUCGACCUGAAUCAAGAGACUCCGAGAAGUCGGACCAGGGUUUGCGUGGCGUGGAAGUGACCCACGAAGACUCGGGCUCCGAGGACAAUAUGAGCCUGAACGCGGUAAUCAUGGGGACACCGAAUUCGCGACCAGGUUCUUCCCGCAACUUCACUUUGUCCAAGUCAGCGGCCUCGUCGACUUCCUCUCUACGACAGGGACUGGACAACCCAGCUGGGUUUGGGGAGAGCCUCGAGGACGUUCCCGAGUUGACGCUGGGACGACACAACACGGGAUCAUCACGAGAAUCACUGGCAUCUGGUGCGUCUGAGGAUUCGGUGUCGUCUCGGGGUUCAGGCAAGAGCUACAGUGCAUCGCGAGGACGGACGUUUUUCUUGAGAAGAGAAAACACCGGGAGCUCGCUCAAGUCUCCAGUCAAGUCGGUAUUGUCACCAAGAAAGGGAAUAUUGUCCCCCAAGGGCGAGGAGGGCGAGGAUUCUCUGACACCUACCCCGAGAAGCACGACAUUUGCAGCUGUCACGCAAGCUGCAGCGCAAGCCAAGAACUGGGGAUGGAAUGCUCUGCAGAGAAGGGAAGCCAAGAAGCAAGCCGAAGCAGCAAACCAAGUUGAUCUUACGCAGCCCAUGGGUGGUGGACAACCAUUCCCGCCUCUUGGCCAACCACUGCCAGGACCGAAUGGGAAGACGAAAAUAGGGACCUUCCGGAGUUCGAGGAAAUCAUCGAGCUCACAGCAAGGGUCGUCUGAGCAGCUUCCCAGGGAAGGAUCUUCUCGACAUAGAACAUCCUCCGUCCAAGCCCGGCGACGACGCGGUGCGAGCCGCGACUCAAAUGGCUCAGGGCAUGCAGAACUGCUUGUUAUCGCUGCACCUGAUGACUCGGAGCCUAAUACGCCUGCCGAUGAAGACGGAGCACCUUUCAGUCCCUGGAAGCAAACCCCAAGGUCCGCCCCUUUGACCGCGACAAAGACAAAGGGGGCUCUAGGCGUGUUCAGCCCUUCUGCUCUUCGGCCGCCCCUGACUCCCAAUAACCCCCUUCAGAGCGAGGGCAUGCACAAGCAUAUGUCCUCACCACACGCUAUCGCUAACUAUGACGACAAUGAGGACUUUUCG